AUUUUUUCAUAUUUGUGACGUAUAUCAGCCCUGUAAAACAAAAGAAAUUGCGAAUUAGAAAGAAAACGCGAGAGGACGGCAGGGCCGAGACUUGGAAGACAUGAAGAGCUUGGACGAAAUCAAGGCGGAGUAUCCGCUCCACUGGCACAUCUGGAACGGAGACGUGGAGCAGCUUCAGGCCGAGCUACAAAUUGACCAGAAUGAUAAGGAAAAACUCGAUCCACGCGGACGCACCCCCCUGAUGCUGGCGGUGCGAUUGGCGAAUCUUCCCUGCGUAAAGUGUCUUCUAGCAGCCAAGUGCAACGCGACCUAUGAGCACGAAGGGUGGUCAAUUGUACAGGAGGCCGUGUGCACUGGCGACGUAGACAUACUGACUGCCAUCAUCGAGGUGCGUGACCUACAGCGGCACGUCCAGCGCGUGACGCACGUGCCCAAGCUCCUGCAGCACCUCCUGGACGCCCCCGACUUUUAUAUUGAGAUGAAAUGGGAGUUCACAUCGUGGGUGCCGCUGAUGUCGCGUCUCUGCCCCAGCGACACCUACAAAGUCUAUAAGCGGGGCGCCAAUGUGCGCAUAGACACCACCCUGCUGGGAUUCGACAACAACACCUGGCAGAGGGGGAACCGCUCGUACAUCUUCAAGGGCGCCAAAGAGACUGCCACGAUGAUCGAGAUCGACCACGACACGAACGAAGUGAUGGUGGAGCAGAUGAGCAGCGAUAUCGGGGAUAUUGUGGCCAUUCCCCCCGCCCUGGGCACUGUGCGCGCCCGCCUUAAUGCGCCCGUCAUCACCAACAAUAUCGAGAUGGAAAAGAUCAGUUUCGAGCGCAACAAGUGCGGCAUUUGGGGCUGGCGCAGCGAGAAGUCUGAGGCCAUCAAUGGCUUCAACUGCAAGGUGUAUGGGGCCAGUAAUGUGGAGUUUGUCACAAAGACCCGCAUGGACCACCUGAGCGAGGAGCAAAUCAAGAACAAAACAGCACGGACGCCCCUUCACAGUCUGCUGGGCAUUGCCGAUGAGGACUACGUGCCCCCCACAGACGUAGCCGCGGGAUUCAAAGAGCGCACACCCUCGCCGCGACCUGGAGAGACAGCCUCCCUUUUGGCGGGCACCGAAAGCGGUGGGCGCUCCUCACCCGCCGUUUCCCAGAGCAAUGGCGGCUCUGGCUGUGCAUCGGGAGCAAGCACGCCCAGGUCAUUAGUCACGCCAGAGGAGUACUUCAGCGGCGAGGACCUGCAUGGCCGGGACGUGGGCAAGCCCAAAAAUCUGAGCACAAAGGUGCAGCGUUUCAAGGCCAACCUAUGGCUGGCCGAGGAACAUCCGAUACGACUGCAGGAGCAGGUGCUUCCGAUUUUGGACCUCAUGUCUACCAUGGCUAGUCCCCAUGUGUCAAAACUGAAAGACUUUAUAACUAUGCAGCUGCCAGCCGGCUUCCCGGUCAAGGUGGAGAUACCGCUCUUCCACGUCCUCAACGCCUGCAUCACGUUCGGCAACGUGUUCGCCAUGACUACGCCUGUAGAGUACGUGGCCACCCUGGAGGAGCAGGACCGCGUCACCUGCCUGGUGGACGACCGCUGUUUCGAUAUACCCAAUCACUACACAAACCGGGGCGGCGAUUCCCGGCGCCAGAUCCCACUGGACGAGGACGACAUGCUGCAGUACGCCAUCGAGCAGAGUCUGGUGGAAAGCAGCGGCGCCUGCGGAGCCGAGGCCGACGAUAAGGUUGACAUUUGGGAGGUGCUGCGCGGACAGAGCGUUGUUGGAUCGGACAUGCUGCCCGAGGACGACGAGCAACUGCAGCGGGUGCUGCACGAGUCGCUGCUUGGGGCCCAUGCUAACGCCAGUGGCUCUCCCGCCUCCGAAGACGAUGACGAUGGGGGCUUCCGUUACGUAGACCCCGACCUGGCCAUGGCCAUGCGUUUAUCGCAGCAGGACCAAAAGAAGUACGAGCUGGAGCGACAGCGCGAGCAAGAGAUGAUCGAGCAGGCGCUCAAGCUCAGCCUGCAGGAACACUAGCCAAUCAAUCAUACCAGGGAGCAACCAAUCACCACUCGACGAAAUCAAUUACGAACUGGCACUCGCUUUUCCGUUUGUGGCGCAAUCGAUUCCAAAACAAAAUUCAAGUUAUAUUUUCUAGUGUAACACUUUCGUCUAAGUUGUAUAAAUAUUAUUUAAGUUGCCUAAUUUAGUUCCUCCCUGUCCUCUGGUUCUCCUGGAUCCUUGUUUGAAUUGUGAUACAAGCAGCAUCAGCAGGAUUCGCCUGAUCCGCUUUUUCUGAUCUGGUCUCAACUCGUCCACUCGCGUGCGAAUCCCAUCCCCCACAUUACACAGAACAUACACAGAAUCCACAGCUAUACGAUUUGUACACCAAACACCUCUAUAUACUAUACUAUUCUAUCAUAUAUAUAUAUAUAUAUAUAUAUAUAUGUACAUCGUAUGUAUGGAAUGUACGAUAGAUAAGCAUUCAUAUUCAUGUAUGUGUAUCUGUAGAUCUUGUAGUCAUAGUUUUUACUAUCUAUUAAGUGCGUGUGGGAAUGAACAAAUGUCACAUAUCCUCUAAUAUUCACAUUUUCCUAUUUUCGCUCAGUUUGAAGAUCGUUGGCUGACACCUACUAGUAUCUAUAAAUAUACACCCACUAUAUAUCUGUAUUUA